UGUAUGCUCAGCUAAUUGUAUAUUAUUUUUUAUUGGAUUGACUUACUAAAUUUGUACAAAUUUUAUAAACCAUCGCUGAGCAAAAUGGCCGAUUCUCCAAGUGAACCUAGAGCAAAACGACAACGCGUGGACAAAGCAGGUCGAUUCGCUGCAUUGGAACGGUUGAAACAAUUAAAAGGCAAUAAGCACAAAUACGAAGUUGAAGAGGAAGUGGAUGAUGUAUAUGAAGUAGUUGAUGAGCGCGAGUAUGCCAAACGUGCAAGGGAAAAAUACGGGAAUGAUUGGAUUGAGGAAGAUGGAACGGGAUAUGCUGAAGACGGCCGCGAUUUUUUCGAAGAUGAGGAUGGCUAUUCUGAAGAUGAAGUUGCAGACAAAAAAGAUAAAAGCAAGAAAAACAGCCGCAAGCGUCUACGAGACUCUCAUAAACCAGUGAAGGGGAAGGGUUCGAUACGUAAUCUCUUCAGUAAUGCAGUACCCAAGAAGACUCAAAUGACAUCAUUGGCGGAAGAUAAUAUACUAGCAGAUAUUUUAGGUGAAUUGCACGACAAACCCAAAAGUUCUACAUCAAAAGUUGCUCAAGAGACUUCAGAGACAGCGCCAGCACCAAAAAAACACAUAGCACCAGCACGAAUUUUAAGCAAAUCAACCAGAAAGUCUGACGCCACACUUGCUAACGAUUACAUGAAUAAUUUUAUAAAUAAUAUAAAAAUGGCAGAAACAGCAAAAGGUGCUGACAAAACUAGUGACGACGAAUUAUUGGACAGUAUUCUCAAACCGAAACCUACAGUGCCUAAUAAAAAGAUUUUGGAGAAAUCAAAAGAGAUUCCUGAAAAGACAGACAUAGCAAAGCAGGUGAAAGGGCUGGCGCCCGUUAAAGAAACUGUUGCACUUCCAGCCAAAAAGGCGGUAACAAAUUUGUCUGAAAAGCCAAUCGAAAAGUCAAAUGUUGCCAUCGAAACACCGUUAAGUGGAAAUGACUUCCCAGAUGAUGAUAUAGACUUUAGUAGUUUGCAAGACAACAAUGCUCAAUUUGAGAAAGUUACGGAGAACGCAAGCGACAUAAGUGAAGUUUCGCCAAAGAAAAUUAUACAAUCAAAAGUAGCGCCUGUGAAAGAUGCUGACGACUUACAAAACUUAUUGAGCAACUGGGAGCAAAUAUGUCAAAUGGACAAUUUUGAGGAGGAAAACACAAAUAGUGAAAAUGAUUCGGCAUCGAACACAUGUAAAGAGGAUACAAUAAAAUUCUGGUAUUGGGAAGCUUGGGAAGACCGCAAUAAAUGUCCCGGCGAAGUUUUUAUGUUCGGUCGCUCAUCAGAAAACAAAUCAAUUUGUGUGCGAGUUGGAAAGAUAGAUCGCGUACUGUACCUUUUACCAAGAAAAUAUUUACUCGAUCCAAUUACUAAGGAACCAACAGACAAACUUGUUCAAUUAAGCGAUUUAUAUAAGGAAUUCGAUGAGGAAAUUUCUGUAGAACUAAAAUUAGAUGGAUUUAGAUCUCGGAAGGUUACCAAAAACUUUGGCAAUCAUUCUAUUGGCAUUGAUGUGCCACAAGUUUGUGACUAUAUGGAGAUACAUUACGACGGCAAAAAGCCGCCACCAAAUUUAAAGAAAAAAUAUAAUUCAAUUGCCCAUAUUUUCGGUGCCAACACAACGGCACUGGAGCGUUUUCUGCUCGACCGAAAAAUUAAAGGCCCUUGUUGGCUAACACUGAAUCAAUUCUCAGUAAAUCCCGCGCCAAUAAGCUGGUGCAACUCUGAUGUUACCGUUAACGAUCCAAAGUCUAUCAUACUCACGGAAGAACCCAAGCCCGCACCACCACCACCACUUACACUACUCACAUUAAACGUACGGACGGCACUUAAUCCCAAAACACUUAAAAAUGAAAUCUGCAUGAUUUCCAUGCUGGUACACAAUCGCUUCCACAUCGAUCGACGCGCGCCACAACCUGCUUUCAAUAGAAGUAUGUGCGGUAUUACGCGCCCGAUAAUGGCUGCUUGGCCAUUCGAUCUCAAAGCUAAGUUAGCAAAAUUCAAAGCUAUAAACGUCGUGAAGCAUGACAAUGAGCGAGCACUACUGAUGUGGUUCCUUGCAAUGUAUCAACAAGUAGAUGCCGAUUUAAUAGUCACAUUCGAUGCCAUUGAUUGCCAGUUGGAUGUGAUUACCGAUCGCAUUUCAGCACUCAAAGUGCCACAAUGGUCUCGUUUAGGCCGCGUACGCUUGUCUGCACACGGCAGUGGUCGAAAGUGGCUCGAUUUCUUCGCAGGUCGUAUGGUUUGCGAUGUUAAAAGAACAGCUUCUGAAGAGAAAAUUAAAGCGCGUUCUUAUGAUCUGCAGACUUUGUGUCAGGCCGUAUUGGAAAUUAAAGAGAACGAACGAAUGGAUGUCAACGAUGAAGACUUGCUACAGUUAUUCGAAACAGGCGAUGGCGUAUUGAAAUUAAUAACACUAACUAUGCAGGACGCUUCCUAUAUACUUCGCAUGAUGUAUAAACUAGAUCUUUUGCCGCUAGCUUUGCAAAUAACCAAUAUUUGUGGCAACACCAUGACGCGAACACUACAACAUGGCCGCUCCGAGCGUAUUGAAUUCUUACUGCUACACGCCUUUACCGAGAAAAACUAUAUAGUACCUGAUAAGAAAAAGCGUGAAUGGAGCGAAAACAAUACGACUAUUAUUGAUGGUGAAGGCAACGAGACAACAGCGCCGACAGCAAGCAGUGGACGUAAAAAAGCUGCCUACUCAGGCGGCAUGGUGUUAGAUCCUAUAGCUGGCCUCUAUGAUAAAUACAUACUACUUAUGGAUUUCAAUUCGCUUUAUCCCAGCAUUAUUCAAGAGUAUAACAUAUGUUUCACCACUGUACAACAACCGUACAACAGCGAUGAUUUGCCACAAUUGCCUGAUUCAACUGUAGAACUAGGUAUAUUGCCUCAACAAUUGCGACGUCUGGUGCAGUCGCGUCGCGAAGUAAAAAAAUUAAUGGCGAAAACGGAUGUUGCGCCCGAAUUGCUCAAACAGUACGACAUACGUCAGUGGGCGCUGAAAAUCACUGCCAAUGCUAUGUACGGUUGUCUGGGUGCAGGUCACUCGCGUUUUGCCGCACAGCAUUUAGCGGCGCUGGUAACGCACAAGGGCCGUGAGAUUCUUAUGAACACAAAGAGUUUGGUACAGAAGAUGAGCUACGAGGUGGUAUAUGGCGAUACAGAUUCAAUAAUGGUGAAUACGAAUAUAUUGGACUAUGAUCAGGUCUUCACGAUUGGCAAUAGUAUCAAGCAGAGUGUGAAUAAAAUGUACAGGCAAGUGGAAUUAGGCAUCGAUGGCGUUUUCAGUUGUUUGCUGCUGUUAAAAAAGAAGAAAUACGCUGCUAUGAUUGUGGAGAAAGACCCAAAAACUGGUGCAUUGAAAAAGGUACAAGAGCAGAAAGGUCUAGACAUUGUACGCCGCGAUUGGUCACAACUCGCCAUAAUGGUCGGCCGAAUCGUACUUGAUGAAAUACUUUCCGAAAAACAACUCGAUGAAAAAUUAGAUGCCGUGCAUUCACAUCUUGAGAAGAUACGUGACCAAGUGGAAACUGAUGCCGUACCAUUACCAAUGUAUAUCAUAACGAAACAGCUGUCCAAAGCACCCACGGAAUUCAACAAUGCCAUCUCACAACCGCAUGUGCAAGUGGCAUUGCGCAUGAAUAGCACGCGCAAUCGGCGCUACAAGAAAGGUGACAUGGUGGACUAUGUGAUAUGCCAGGAUGGCACAAACAAUCCAGCGACACAGCGCGGUUACCACUUAGACGAGGUGAAGUCGAGCGAAACGCUGAAAUUGGACAAGCAAUAUUAUCUGGCGCAUCAGAUACAUCCGGUGGUCACGCGUAUGGUGGAUGUUUUGGAGGGCACAGACGCCAGUCGUGUUGCCGAAUCGCUGGGCUUAGAUCCGAGCAAAUUCAGAGCGGCUGCGCAGAGGGCACAUCAAGAGCGUGUCGAGGAUACCACAGGCGAAUCAUUAGUGAAGACUACUUUGCAAAAAUAUCGCGAAUGUGACAAAUUCAAAUUCAUUUGCAUUGCCUGCAAAUCCGAAAAUAUAGUGGCAACCGCUUUUCGGCCGAAUGCCACUAAUUCCCACGACGCUGUACUGCAGAAAUGUGUUAACACGGAUUGUAGCACUGCGCCAUAUCAAUACAUUGUAGCCAUACGCAAUCGGCUGUUACUUAGUCUACGUUCGUACAUUAAGCGUUUCUAUCAGAAUUGGCUAGUUUGCGACGAUCCGUCAUGCAAUCAAAAUACACGCUUUUAUACGCAUGUGACAGCGGGAAAUCGACCCAUAUGCCCGUUUUGUAAGGCCGGUUCGUUAGUGCGUCAAUAUUCGGAGCGAAAUUUAUAUCAGCAGUUGAGCUAUUUUCAGUACAUGUUCGAUUUGAGCAAAUACCAGCAUAAACAUGUGCCGCUCACACCUGAAACAGAGGCUGCUUACCAAAUGCUCUUCGAUACUGUAAAUCAGCAACUAGAGAAAUCCGCAUUUUGCACCAUAUCAUUGGGGAAAUUAUUUAGUCAUUUUAAGCCACUUGAGCAGAGUGAUGAAAUUUCGCAUAAAAAAAUUGAACUUCCACAACUGGAAAUGCAAGUGGCCACUAGCCUGGAGUGAUAAUAAAAAUUUUUGCGAACUUAUCACUUUGAGUGUAUCUAUAGUAAGACGUUUUUAGUUUAUUUAUAAGUGUAAUUAUAUAAAUAUUUAUAAAAACAAAGAAUUAUUAUACUCCCCAAUAUUUGCUUUGUAAAGUAAAGAACGAAAACACUUUCUUAAA